AUGUCGCCUGAAGAAUGGACGUAUCUAGUGGUUCUUCUUAUCUCCAUCCCCAUUGGCUUCCUCUUUAAGAAAGCCGGUCCUGGGCUGAAGAGAUGGGAGGCAGCUGCUGUGGGCCUGGGGCUCACCCUGUUCACCUGUGGCCCCCACACUUUGCAUUCUCUGAUCACCAUCCUUGGGACCUAGGCCCUCAUUCAGGCCCAGCCCUGCAUGCAGCACCCCUUGGCUGAAGAGGGCAGCAGCACAAGGGAGAUGGGUGUGGGGAAGGGCCCAAAGUCUGACCUGGCCCCUUGCCCACCCGCUUCCGCCCUGCUGGUGAGCCUGGCCAGUGAAGUCCAGGACCUGCACCUGGCCCAGAGGAAGGAAAUGACCUCGGGUUUCAACAAGGGGCCCACCCUGGGGCUGCUGCCCGACGUGCCCUCCUUGAUGGAGACGCUCAGCUACAGUUACUGCUACAUGGGAAUCAUGACAGGUGAGUGGGCCUGCCCAACAGCUCUGUCUCUCCGCCACCCUGAGUGCCUGUUCUGUGUUCCCGCCCUGCCUGGGGCAACCUCCAUCCUAGCAUCUCUGCUUCGGGGUAGAAGCUGGCCGGCCCCGCUCUUCGGCCUGCUGUUCCUGCUCUCCUCCCACCUCUUCCCGCUGGAGGCCGUGCGCGAGGACGCCUUCUACGCCCGGCUGCCCGCCCGCCUCUUCUACAUGAUCCCGGUCUUCUUCGCCUUCCGCAUGCGCUUCUACGUGGCCUGGAUUGCCACUGAGUGUGGCUGCAUUGCCGCCGGCUUCGGGGCCUACCCCGUGGCCGCCAAAACCCGGGCCAGGGCCCACCCCCCAGCAGGUCAGGGGACCUGGCUGAGCUGCAUGUCUGUCCCCCCUCAUCCUCCACACCCCAGUCCGGAGAAGGUGGCUUCCCUGGAGUAUGACUAUGAGACCAUCCGCAACGUCGACUGCUACGGCACAGAUUUCUGCAUGCGGGUACGCGAUGGCAUGCGGUACUGGAACAUGACGGUACAGUGGUGGCUGGCGCAGUAUAUCUACAAGAGCGCACCUGCCCGUUCCUAUGUCCUGCAGAGCGCCUGGACCAUGCUGCUGAGCACCUACUGGCACGGCCUCCACCCGGGCUACUACCUGAGCUUCCUGACCAUCCCUCUGUGCCUGGCUGCUGAGGGCCAGCUGGAGUCAGUGUUGUGGGGGCAGCUAAGUCCAGGGGGCCAGAAGGCCUGGGACUGGGUGCACUGGUUCCUGAAGAUGCGCGCCUAUGACUACAUGUGCACGGGCUUCGUGCUGCUCUCCUUGGCCGACACACUUUGGUACUGGGCCUCCAUCUACUUCUGUAUCCACUUCCUGGCCCUGGCAGCCCUGGGGCUGGGGCUGGCUUUGGGUGGGGGCAGCCCCAGCCGGCGGAAGGCAGCAUCCCAUCCCACCAGCCUUGCCCCGGAGAAGCUCUGGGAGGAGUAAGCUCUGUGACGCUCCCUCUGCCAACUGGUCCCGGGAAUUCUGUGAACCAGGCCACUGUCUCCUCCCCAGAAAGAGUCCUUACCUUGGAGAGGGUCCUGGAGAGAAUGUCCUUUUCCCCAGCUAAAUACUCUGCCUGCAACUGAAGCAGACCUGGGGGUAUCCUCCCUGCCCUCCGCCCAGGGACCACCUCCACUCCUACAAAAUCAAAGUUUUGUCCAGACAAGAGUCUCGUGGGCCCCUGCUCCAGCCUCUGGGUAUCCAGAGAGCGUUGCACUUCCCCAAAACGGAAGGGGCCCCUGGGCAGUGGGUUUUGGACAAAUUCCCUUUCUUUGCAUCCACAAUGUGG